AUGUGGAGGGCAGUUCUGGUCGUCUUUUUCUCUGAAGUAUUGUUCGUAUAUCCAUGCUUUCUGGGCAUUGGAUCUGGUUGCCAUAUUCCAGAGAUAAAAUUUUAUUUAUUUAAAUAUUUAUUCUUAAAAAACAUCAAAGACAUCGUAGCAAAGUGGUCUAAUGCGUCUGACUAG